AUGACAAGCCAACUGAGUGGGCUGUGCAGCGUGGGUUGCCCCGUACGAGCGCACAGCCAGGCAGCAGGUGCAGCCGGAUCUUCUGGUUCUGCAGGUGCCGGCAGUGAGUUUGAUCCUCAGAAGUACGAGAGACCCUCGAUGAAACAAGAAGAAAUCGCUGCGCUAAAGAGACUGUUCGACGCGUGCGACACGGAAGGCACAGGCCUGAUUCUCCUUCGCGACCUAAAGCAUCGAAUGCACAAUGCAGGGUAUGAGACGAGGGGUGACGUAAUUGCGGAGAUGCUCAGCCACCUAGAUCGAGACGGUCGUACACGCCUCAAUUUCCGACAAUUUCUGGAUUUGCUAACAACUGACGAGACACCCUACAAAACUCCCCAGGACAUCGCUUGCACAUUUACCCAGUUCGAUCCAGAAGGCACUGGCUUUAUCACACACAAGAUGUUGACACGGACGGCGCGAGAGUUGAACAUGACACCAAACCUCGACAUUGGCGAGAUUCUGGAACGAACAGACGCAGACAAUGACGGCAAGAUAAGCAGGGAGGAGUUUUUCCAUGUCAUGGAUAAGCAAACGUUUCCGUAG